GCGGCGGCGGGCGGGGAGCUGCGGGCCGGGCGCGGGAAGCGCCGGGAGAGGCGGCGGGCGCUUACCAGAGAAGAUCAAGAUGAGUCUACGGAAGCAAACCCCCAGUGACUUCCUAAAACAAAUCAUUGGAAGGCCAGUUGUUGUAAAAUUAAAUUCUGGAGUUGAUUAUCGAGGUGUCCUGGCUUGCCUGGAUGGAUAUAUGAACAUAGCUCUGGAGCAGACUGAGGAAUAUGUAAAUGGACAGUUAAAGAACAAGUAUGGGGAUGCAUUUAUCCGAGGAAAUAAUGUGCUGUACAUAAGCACCCAGAAGAGGAGGAUGUGAAGAUGCCAGAAGGAGGCUGGUUUUUUGUACUUGUGAGCCUCUUUGAAGUGAUGAGCCCUAUUUGAUUUGUAGUUCAAAAUCCACAGGUGAAAUACACAAGAGUUUAAGUAUUUUUUUUAAAUAAAUGUAAAUGUGAGUGUAAACUGCCUGAAUGCUUUUGUUUCAAAGCAUUGCUUUGUUCCAUUGUACAAAAGAAAAAUAAAAGGGAAGCUUGUAAUAGUGCUGCAAGACUAA